CCUCUAUGAGUUUUACCGGUAAGGCCUGUAAGAUAUCCGCUGUAGCUCUGAGUGGACUGAUCCUCGUCGUGGCAGUCUACAUAGGUGAUCUUAAGAAGGGCCUGGCCAAUUCUAUUCCUGAUUCUUACAAGACGUCGGACUGUAACGUCAAUGAAGCCACAACAGUACAACAGGAACUUGCUCAUCCCGAGGUGCCUUUCCGAUGUGGUUCGGUUGGCCUCUUCGACUCCGAUGAGUUGGAAGUGCGCGCAUACGUGCAGCCUGAUGGUGGUACCUGUUGGAGCAACGGAGGGUUCAUCCGAAGAGGACGGAAACUCAUCAUGAUUGAUGCACUACAAGAUAUAACUCUUACUAAGAACAUGGUUGACUCGUCAGCUGACAUGGAAGCUGCUAUUGACACAUUCGUUCUAACCCAUCCUGAUAUCGAUCAUUUUGGUGGUAUCUCGGCUGUUCCGCAGACCGCGAUGGCUGUUGUACGGGAGGAGAUGAUACCUGUUAUCAAUGCUACCUUAAAAGUGGUGCCAGCAUCGUUUAACAAGCUUAUCAUUGCAUAUCAUGCCUAUGAACGACUGGGCAAGUACUUGCUCCCUUACGUGAAAUGGCUUCCUACCAAAGUCUUAGGAAUUCUCGGAAUGCUAAAGAACGGUCACUACCUUGCCAAAUUCGAUCCUACAAUGCCAGAAGAGUUCCCCCUUGGCACCAAAACGUUCAAGACGGAUGAAUACGCUCUGAAUGACGAUGUACAGUUGAAGUGCUUCGGGCCAAUCCACAGCAAACAUGAUUGUAUGGUCCUGGUACCCAAGGCUAAGGUCGUUUUCACUGGCGACCUACUCUUCGUUGGGGUUACACCUAUAAUGUGGGCUGGCCCUGUUGAAAGAUGGCUGGAUGCUCUCGAUUGGUUAGAGCAAGAGGUGGACGAUUCUUGGAAGCUUGUCCCUGGUCAUGGUCCUGUUACUUCUCUCGAAGGGUUGAGAGCCCUUCGAAGGUACUGGACAUUUUUCCGUGACCAAAUGCGUGGAUGCAACUGUACAGCAUCGCGAGAAUCUUGUGGUGCUAAACUGUUCGAAGAGCUUCCUGAAGAGUUCACAAAUUGGGUGUCUCCGGAGCGAAUGAUGAUCAAUGGUUAUGUCUACUGCGCAGCAGAGGGAAGCUCCGAAAUCACGGUUGAUACCAAGAUCCGUCUCUUGGCUCAAGCCGAGGCCCUCAGGAUGCGUUCGGAGGCUUUAAAGACUCGCUAGAGGUGGGCGACAGCUAUUUCCGAUAUUUUACGCUUUCAUCUCUCAUUUCUC